CAAUUUUUGAAUUUUAGAUGGCAAAAUUAUGAAAAUCAAACAUAAAUAUAAAAUCUCGAAGAAGAUGGCAUCACAGUCUUGCUUUCCAUACAUUUCAAGAAGAUGCCUUCCUUAACGGUUAACACAUCCUACUCCAAGCCUAUGAGACCUGUUAUAGAGAUGAGAUCUCCCAAUCUCAAAGCACCCCAAUUUUCAAAUUUUGCCACAUGCGGCUUCCCCUUUAGUCCAAUCUUCUUCCUUCCAUCUUCAUCUGCCCCCUAAGCAAUCCCAACGAACCAUCAUCCCUCUUUCAAUAGUCAACUCCCCAACAAAAUCACAACCGACCCUGUCUCUAUUUAAACAUAUUGCAUCACAGCCAUGCUGAAGAAGAUCAAACGUCGAGUCAAAUUCUUAAUCACCAAGAGUUUCAAAAAAUCUCGCAAACCCUAUAAACCCCAAACUGAGCCUCUGCCUUCACCUGACUCAGCUCCUCUCUCGCCACAGCCCUCCUCCCUUCCCACAAUGUCACCGCUGUUCCAGAAACACUCGGUAAACUCUCCCUUCCUCUUCCCCCAGACCAAGUCCGCAGUCCUUCCUGACCCUUCCCCCUUUUUCUCUCACACCCUUCUCUCUGCUCCGCUACCCACGAACUCCUUCUUCCAGAACUUUGUCCUCAAAAAUGGUGAUCAGCCCGAAUACAUACACCCAUAUCUCGUUAAAUCUUCUACCUCCGGCCUCUCUCUCUGCUACCCAUCUCGCUUCUCCAACUCUUCCUUCAUUUACCAAAUUUUCAACGCUGAUCUCACCAUCUCUGCUUCGGACCGGCCCAGCCCAGAUUCACACAGAACCCACGUUGUGUCUUCUUUCAGCGACCUCAGUGUCACGUUAGACCUGCCCGAUUCUAACCUUCAAUUCUUCCUCGUCCGGGGAAGCCCUUUCCUGACCUGCGCCGUCACCCGCGGCACUGCAAUUUCGAUCUCAACCAUCCACGCUAUUCUCUCCGUUUCUUCCAAUAAUUCGCUUACCAAGUACACCGUUACGCUUAACAAUAACCAGACAUGGCUAAUCUAUACAUCUUCGCCGAUUAAUUUAACCCACAACGUAUCAAAGAUUUCAUCUGGGGUUUUCUCGGGUAUAAUUCGGAUUGCGAUAUUGCCGAAUUCUCAGUCACAGCAUGAAGCGAUCCUUGAUCAAUACAGUUCAUGCUAUCCGAUCUCGGGCGAUGCUAUAUUCUCCAAGCCUUUUCAUUUGGAGUAUAAAUGGGACAAGAAAGGAUGGGGGGAUUUGAUUAUGCUUGCCCACCCUCUCCAUCUGCGGCUCUUGUCAACUGGGAAAGACCAAAUUACUGUCUUGGAUGAUUUCCGGUAUCAAAGCAUUGAUGGUGAGCUUGUGGGUGUUGUUGGAGAUUCUUGGUCGUUAAAAUUGGACCCUGUUUCAGUAUCCUGGCACUCAAUUAGAGGGGUCAAGGAGGAAGCAUUUCCUGAAAUUGUUUCAGCUCUCACCAAGGAUGUUGGAGCUUUGAAUUCAACAGCGAUAUCAACAACAUCGUCCUAUUUUUAUGGGAAACUGAUAGCAAGAGCAGCUAGGUUGGUGUUGAUAGCAGAAGAGGUGGGUUUUCCCGAGGUGAUUCCGGUGGUAAGGAAAUUCUUGAAGGAUACAAUUGAGCCAUGGUUAGAAGGGACUUUUAUUGGUAAUGGUUUCUUGUAUGACAAAAGAUGGGGUGGGAUUGUCUCUAAACAAGGAGCAGUUGAUUCUGGGGCUGAUUUUGGGUUUGGAAUCUUCAAUGAUCACCAUUAUCAUUUGGGUUACUUUCUUUAUGCCAUAGCAGUGCUCGCAAAAAUAGACCCGGCAUGGGGGAGGAAGUAUAGGCCUCAGGCUUAUUCACUUAUGGCAGAUUUUAUGAACUUGGGUAGGAGAAAUUAUACCCGUUUGAGAUGUUUUGAUCUGUGGAAAUUGCAUUCUUGGGCUGGAGGGCUGACCGAGUUUGCUGACGGGCGAAAUCAGGAGAGCACAAGUGAAGCAGUGAAUGCUUACUAUUCGGCAGCUUUGAUGGGACUUGCAUAUGGAGACACUCACCUUGUGGCCAUUGGAUCAACACUUGCCGCAAUGGAGAUUCAAUCAGCUCAAACAUGGUGGCAUGUAAGAGAAGGAGAUAAUAUAUAUGAGGAGGACUUCACCAGCGAAAACAGAGUUGUGGGUGUUCUGUGGGCUAACAAGAGGGACAGUGGGCUUUGGUUUGCUCCUGCUGAGUGGAAGGAGUGUAGAUUGGGAAUUCAGGUGUUGCCUUUGUUGCCAAUCACAGAGAUUUUGUUUUCCCACACUUCGUUUGUAAGGCAGCUUGUUGACUGGGCGUUGCCAGCUCUAGAAAGAGAGGGAGUCGGAGAUGGUUGGAAAGGGUUUGUCUAUGCCCUUGAAGGGAUUUACAAUGAAGUACGGGCAUUGGAAAAGAUUAGAACCUUGAAUGGGCAUGAUGAUGGGAACUCAUUGACAAAUAUUCUAUGGUGGAUUUACAGUAGGGGUGACAAUGAAGAGGAGGAAUGCGAGGGGGGAGGGAGAUACUGCUGGUUUGGUCACUAUUGUCACUAAAUAAUGUUGGUAUCUUUUGCUGUUUGCUUUUGUUUCAUAUGUUUUGAAUAACAAAUGAGAGGAUUUCUUUCUGAUACUCAAUUAUGCAGAAAUUCAUCUGGAGACCAAAUUCGGCAUUCUUGAGUGGUGUGCUUUGUUUGAUGUAUGUAAAAACCUAUUAUUUUCAUUUCUUACUGGCGUGCAACUGUACCGUCAUAUUUCCACA